AUGACGUCUACUUCGCCUGUCGCCACUACUCCUGCUGUUGGCUCUCCUCAACAGAACAGCUUCCAUCCGUCGUGGUCCGCAGCGGAUAAUUCCGCUUCUGCUCCUGUUUUUGUAAAGAACCGUUAUGGACGUGAGGACAUGUUAGCACUAAUGGGCGAUGCGGCUGGUCAUCCUGCUCCUGAAGGUCUUCGCGAUUGUCCAUUCUACGUCGAAGAAGCCCUUCAGCCAAUUGUCUGUUACCCGCUGUCCGAUCUGGAGCAGCGCCUUCAGCAAAACAUCAACUCUUCAAAAGCGAUGGCAUCGCUCUCGCAUGCAGAGCGCGCCAACAUAGCAACCGGAGCAGCCUAUUCUGGUUCCACCGACGGUGGUACUGCAUGCCAGAAAGCAAGCACUGGAGGAUGGACUUCUGUGAAACAAUGGAACCGCAACCACCCAAAUACAGGAAGUGCAAGAGGAACUAGUUUUUCUCGUGUAUACGGUUCAUCUGGUCGAAAUACUACUCGUGGAGAUGGUACGAACAUCAGUCAAGACCACUCCCAGUUGAAUUCUUUUGGACAAAGAUUUGCAACUCGUGGUCGUGGAACACUAGCAUCAGCUCGAGGAGGUACUGUAUCGGGCACCACCUUCAAUUCGCGAGCUCAGGGCCUGUACGAUCCUCGUGAUCCAAAAGGUGAUACCGCUUCAUCAAUUAGUGAAGUUCCCCAAGAAUCUUUGCGAAAGAACGAAAGCGGUCUAAUGCCUGAAUGGAUGGAAGACGGGGAAGAUCAAGACAAAGGGGAAUCUGGAGAUGAUACCAUUAGCGCGACUGGCUCAUUUGAUGAACAUGGACGUUUUCGAAAAAAGCACCAUGGUCCUCUUGAUCCAUCUGAAGAGAAAACUCCUGGAGUGAAUAGAGAUAGAUGUGAAAAACAGCAGACUACUAAUGUGGAGAAUUAUAGUAUAGUUUCUAGCAUUGAGAAGAAUGGUGCUUCUCAACAGAUGUCUGGUGAUCCAAACUUGUCAUCUGCACAAACUCAUGUUUUGAAUAGUGACGCAGCGACUUCACAUGGUUAUUCCAACGUGCUAUCUCAGGCCGAGGCUGUGGGAUAUCACCCAUCUGUUCCAUCUCAGCCAAGCGUAGGUACAGUUCCUACGGUAGUUCCAAAUUCGAUUCAUCAAAAUGCUUCACAAUUCUUCUAUCUUGAUCCCACAAAACAGGAACGCGGCCCUUUCGAAAAGAUGCAAAUGGAUAGUUGGUACAAACGUGGAUACUUUACAGAAGCACUGGAAGUUCGUCGUCAUCCUGAAGCAAAGUAUCGAACAUUAGGUGAACUAGUUCAACUGAAUGGCCAACUGACGCCGUUUGAUUUUAAGGACGAUGUUUCUUGUCAACCUUCAGUUACACCAGUUUUUUCUAAUCCAGCUCCACCUUUUGCAACACUUUUUGCUUCCGGAACUGGAACUAUGUGGAGCGAGUUAAGUAACCCUUCAAGCAUGAUUUAUAACCAGGCUAGCUAUGACCAUAUUGCAGUCGAAAGAAAGAGGAUUGGGGAUGAACAGCGCCGAAUAUUAGAAGAGCAAGCAAAAAUGAGAGAGUAUCAAGAACAUUUAAUAAGAGAAAUGCAGAAACAGCGAGAAGAGCAAGAGAAGCAGUUGUUGGAACAAAAAUUGGCACUGAUGAAACACCAGGAAGAGAUUGAACGACGAGAGCGUGAGUUAAAAGAGUCAGCUGAGGAAACCAAAGCUCGGCUUGAAAUGGAGCGACUUGCGCUUGCUGAGAAAGCUCGGCAGCUCGAAGAGGAACGUGUUGCGAAAAUUCAGGAGAAAAUGGAAAGGCAACGAAAGGUUGAAGAAACUCUCAAACGGCAACAUGAAGUUGAAAAAGAAAGGCGUGCGAACGAGUGUGCUGAAGAGGAAGCUCGUCGUUUGGCGGCAGCAAACGCGGAAAAAAUUCGUAUUCAGCAAGCGGAGCUACAUCGGAAGCAGCGAAUAGCGGAAGACAGUGUUCGUAAGAGUACAGUUGCACAGUCCAGUUCAUUAAAUGAAAAGGGAAAGAGUCAAGAUUCUGCGAAAACCUUCGAAAUUGAAGAAGUUUGGCAGCCAGCUCCUAAGCCUUCACAAACGACUGUUCAAUCGACAGAGCAGAGUAGCGUUGCAUCUCCUCAAACGUUGAGAUCUAGCUCCACUAAAGUUGCGCCAUGGUUGUCAGCAUCUUCCAUAGCUCCCAUGAAGGAGAAGUCUUUGAAGGAAAUCCAAGAGGAGGAGGAACGACUAUUACGCGCAGAACAAACCCAACAAGCUCGAUUACGAAAAGAGGCUGCAAAGCGAGCGCUCGGAAUGUGCGAAGAUAACACUGCUUUCAUAGAUUGGGUAGUACAGCGCUUGAAGCAACUCAGUUCAACUGUUGAGGCAGAUGUCCUUGCUAUGUUUAUUGAGGGAAUUGAAAAUCCUGACGAGGUGGAGGAUUAUGUAAUGGGGUAUCUGGGAGAUUCCAAAACUGUAAAGGAAUUUGUGCGAGAAUUUUUACAAAAAAGAAGCGAUUUCCGUAAUCGAGGUCAACACGCGGUAAAAGAUGAUCUCUCAUGUGCUCGUGGAGCACCAGUGUCGGGUAAUGGUUCAGGUUUUUCUGUCGUCCAAGGCAGGAAGAAAAAAAACAAGGGUGCCCGUCUCAUUGUUGAUGGCUCAUGUUUGGGUUUCCGUGCCACAUCAGAUCCAAAUCGGGUUAAUCAAGGUGAAAUAGAGACCGUAGCACUUAGCCCUGGACAGAAAAGAUAA